CAGCAGAGAGUUCAAUCAACUCACUAAUCAUUUCUCCUUCAAUUCCUAGCUGAUUAAGAUUAGAUUCUUGAAAUGGCUUCAAACCCUAAAUCUUCAGCCACCAUUUUCCUUGCCCUCAACCUUCUUUUCUUUGCUCUCAUCACUGAAACCCAAGCUUGUAACACUUGUCCUGGCUACCCUGCCAUCCCUCCUCCUCGCCACGGCGGCAGCAACGGUGGCGGUGGCGGCAACGGAGGCGGAAACGGCGGUGGAAAUGGCGGUGGCGGCAACGGAGGUGGAAAUGGCGGUGGAAACGGCGGUGGCGGCAACGGAGGUGGAAAUGGCGGCGGGAACGGCGGUGGAAAUGGCGGUGGCGGAGGAGCCGGACAGUGCCCAAGGGAUGCUUUGAAGUUGGGUGUGUGUGCAAAUUUACUAGGAGGACUAGUGGGAGUGGUGAUCGGAGCUCCACCAACGCUGCCGUGCUGCAGCUUGAUCGCCGGGCUGGCGGAUCUAGAGGCGGCGGUGUGUCUGUGCACGGCGAUACGAGCCAACAUUCUCGGAAUAAACCUUAACGUCCCACUUUCCCUCAGCCUGGUCCUCAACAACUGUGGGCGCCAGGUUCCAAAUGGCUUCACCUGCUAAACCUCGUACGUAACUACGUACGGAUGCUUUAAUUUGCAUGCAAUCCAUAAUGCAUGAAACCCAGGGAGCUGAUGAGGGGAGCAUUAAAUUAAAAACAAUAUUACAAUAAUAUUAUUCACAAUUAUUAUAUUUGUCGUCGUAUGUGUUGUGUCGUUUGAUGUUCGUAACGCCUUGCAUGAAUAAGAUCGAAGCUAAGGUGUCUUCACUCUGUUUUUCUCAAACAUAUCAUAGCCAUUAUAUGUACUGCCUUCAAGAUUGGAGGCCAUCUUAUGUUUCCAUUAAUAAAAUUUAUUCAAAUUUUUAAUUUGUGUUUUA